AUGGGGAAAUACUUUAUCCCGCGGCUCAAAAUGCCCCUUCAUAUCAUUGAAUGCAUAAUGAUAAUAGUGGCUAUUAUUCUUGCGGGCGUUCGUCUCACGACCAUUACUACAAGGACAAGGACAGACAUGAUGGCAAUAGCUAUGGGUGCCAAGUCGCUUGUCGUGGUUGCGUAUCAGCUCUUGUCAGAGCAUGUGGCACAAUGGAAGAGAUUUGCAAGUCUGAAGGCCAACCUGAUCCUCAACUCCCUCGAGAUUGUUUUCUGGGCCGCGGUGGCAUUCAUGGCCAUCCAGUCCAACACUAGGUCGUGCUCGGGCGCCAGCUGCGGCCUUGGUUGGGGAGUCCUGGUUAUCGCCAUUUUGAUCAGGUUUGUUCGCCCUGCCCGCCUGUCCAGGCUUGGCCUAGAACCCUCUAUUCGCGCAGACCAAAGAGCAGCGACUCAUCCGAUGCCCAUCUCCGCAGUGUCCAUGGAUCAGCUUCUCGCAGACACUCCUCUCAAAGACACUCUUCUCGAAGACACAGGGGCCCGUAGAAUGUAUCAGAGUGGAAGUAUACGGGUGUCUCUGGCAAUGCUUAACAAAGAGGCUUUCGAUGGUGUUACGCUUAACAAAUGGACGAAUGCUUUUGUCAUAUCCCAU